AUGUCCACUAGAGUCUUUUUGUGCAAAAUUUGCAUUACCAAUCGAUCAUUUAAUGAAUUUUGUGAUUAUUUUCGUCAUGUUACAUUGUAUCAUGCCAAUGAACCUAAUUUUCGAUUAACAUGUGAUAUAUCAGACUCUUGUGGUGCUAUGUAUAAAACAUUUACGUCAUACAAAAAGCACAUUCAUCGGCAUCAUGAAAAUUUACUUCAUCCAGUAUGUCAACAACAAGAAAAUACCGUUAUUAAUGAUAUGAAUACAUUAGCAAUUGAGCAACCUGAUGCAACAGUUAUAUAUCUAGAUACAGCUGAUAAUAAUCAUGACAAUGUUAUAUAUGCAGAUUUUGAUGACGAUCUUGAUAAUCAAUGGAACACUCUAACAACAAAUAUUUCUAGUAAAGAUGAAAAAAUAAAUCUUCUUACAGUUCAACAACAAUUCAUCCGAUUUUUACUAGAAAUGAGAGAAAAACACAUUUUGCCUCAAACAGUGAUCCAAUCCAUUACAACACAUAUAAUCAAUUUACUAGAUAGCGUAGUUGAGCUUGUAGAAGAACAAGCAAAACAAGAAAAUAUGACUCAACAACAAUCAACAACAACUAUUUCUGUUGAUGGAAUGCGCAAAACAGUAAAGCAGAUAGAACAAUCAAUUAUUCUCUCAACUCGAAAUGAAUAUCAAUUUAUACAAUCUUGUCAAAAGUUUUUCAAUUAUUCACCACCUAUAGAAAAUGUUUUAUCAUCAAAUCAUUUGAAAAAAGAAUAUUCAUAUCAUAUACCUAUACGAAACACUUUAGAGAAAAUUUUACAAAAAGAUGAAAUGAUACCACUUCUAAUUGAUAAUAUUCAACAUCAAACUUCAAUAACACAUAAUGAUCCAUAUUUAAUGUUUCCAAGACGGGACGGUGUUAAAGGUAAAAUAUUUAAAAAUCAAUCAUUUUUAAUUCAAUUAUAUGUCGAUGGCAUCGGUGUCACAAAUCCGAUAGGUCCGAAGAAGGACCAACACAAAUUGACACUUGUAUACUUCAUGUUAGAAGAUAUACCAAAUAUCUUUCGAUCUACGUUACAAUGUAUUAAUCUUGCAGCUAUUUGUUACACAAAAAACCUGAAUAAUGAUGAAAAACUUAGAAAAUUUUAUGAUCCGAUUGUAAAUGAUUUGAAUGAUUUGCAAUCUACUGGUUUAAUAUUUGAUACAUUUAACAGUCAAUUACAUUUUACAUUUACGACAAUUGCUGCUGAUAAUUUAGCAGCACAUGAAAUCGCUGGUAUGCAACAAACAUUCAGUUCCGGAUAUUUUUGUAGGAGAUGUUUAAUAACCUAUGAAAAUCGACUUAUACCAUUAACCGAUAUUCACUUCAUUCAACGAACACAUCUUCAACAUACAAAAUGUUUACAAUUACUUGAAAAUAAUCCACACAUGAAAUCAAUGUAUGGUGUUAUUGGUCCAAGUCCACUUGAUAAUUUAAUAAAUUUUGACACAACUGCUUCUCUUCCGGGAGAUGUGAUGCACGAUUAUUUCGAAGGUGUAUGUCCGAUCAUUAUCAUGGCGAUGUUAAAGGAAGCAUCAAAUUUAAAGCUGAUUACUUUUGCUGCUAUUCAGGAGAGAAUAGAAAAUUUUUCUUAUGGUGAAUUAGAUGCAUCGAAUAAACCUCUUUCUAUACAAGUUAAACAUCUAAACAAUGAUCGUAUUACUGGAAGUGCAGCUCAAAAAUUCUAAAGAGAAAAGUUGUUUUCGUCGAAAACAAACGAAAAACCAACAUCAUCAUCAACACCAAAUGAUACAGCAUUAUUAAUUAUAGAUGAAAAUCAAUCAGCAGAAGCAUCAAUAAAUGUAUCAUCUAUCGAAACUAUUAUUACAACUGAAAAUUUAACAGAAAAAUCUCUUCCAGAUCCUUAUUUAUUACCAGUGUUACCGAGUCAAGUCAACGAUGCAAUUAAUCUUAAACAAAUGGAAAAAUUUGAAAAACUUUGCAACUUUCGUUCAAUUAUUAUAGAUGCUGUUUUUCAUGAUUUGAAAACAAAUUAUGAGACGAGUCAUUAUGUUAAAAUAACAAAACCCAAUAGACUAUAUCCGACACAAGAACAAUAUACAACAAUUGUUAAUAGAAUACUUAAUCAUUUGAAGAUUGAACGUGAUCCAAAAACAUCUACAUCAAUCAUUCAAGAUACACCUAAUGAAAUACAACAAAUGGAAGAAAAAGCUGAAACACUUAAAACAAAUUUUCAAAAUAAAUCAAUUGAUGAUCAACAUUAUCAACGGUUGUGGCUUGAAACUUUUGAUUAUCGACAAAAUUUUAUCAAGGAAAACACAACUGCAGAUAUUAUGGAACGUUUUCCUGUUUAUUCAAAUCCAUCUAUGAAACCAGUUACUCCUCAACCAACAAUGGUAAUUGAGGAAAACGAUAUUAAAAUCUACGUGGAUUGGACCUUCAUUUGCUCAUCGAAUUCUAUGGAACAAUCUUUGGCUUUAGUUGUUGGUUUAUAUUGUUUGAUGAAUCUUACGUUUCCAACGUAUCGUACUGUUGUUAGAUUUUUAUAUGUUUAUUUCAUGAAUGAUAAGCAACAACAAUCAAAUGUCAUUCGAAAAUUUUGUAAAGUAUACAACAUUCAACUUCAAGAUAAUCCUUCAUCAUCAAAUGCUGCAUUACUGGAAGAAACAAAAAUUAAUGAUACGUAUUUAAAUGAUAGACGUGAAAACAAUGAAGAACAAAAUAUAUCUUUUGAACUUCAAACGACAACAUCAAUUCAACCAACAUCGAUGGAAUCAACAUCACAUGAAUCAACAUCAAUUGAUUCAAUAUCAACUGAGUCAAUAUCAACAGAAUCAAUAUCAAUGGAACCAAUAUCAAUAGAAUCAACGUCAACAGAAUCAACAUCAAUGGAACCAAUACCAACUGAACCAAAACGAAUUGAACCAACAACAUGUAAAAAACCAAUAGCAUUUCAACAACAAUCAAAUCGUAAACGCAAAGCAGAAGAAAAACAUGAUUAUGAGCAACUGUCUCUGGAGAUUGAUGCAUCGAAACAAAAAAUAACGAGAAAUCUCCGACCAAAACGACACAGACAAUAA